AUGCUGUUGGAAGAAGCAUUGCCUCUCAGAAAUGGUGCUGCAAGAGACACACGAACGGCUUUUGUAAAAGUCUUCGAUGAAGUCGAAGAUGCUGUUCCCCCAACGCCGUCAAAGCAGAGAAAGGAGGAAAAGAGGAAGGGGUUUGCAGUUCUUGGAAUAAGCCUUAUGGCUUGCUCCUUUCUCAUUGUGGUAAUUUUGUUAUUCGUUUGGUUGUUUAUAUGCCGACCCAAGAUGAAAUCCUUGCAAAAGUAUCAUAAGUUUAAUCCGAUUGGGCUCAAGGCGUUUAGUUAUAAAGAGCUAGAUGCUGCAACCGGAGGGUUCAAGAUAGAAAUAGGAAGAGGCGCCUUUGGGACAGUCUAUAAGGGCACCUGGGCAGAUGGAAGAGCAAUUGCUGUGAAGAAGCCUGACGAUCUGCUCAAGAAAGAAAAUCCCCAAGAUGGAGAAAAGGAGUUCAGAACAGAGAUGGGUAUCAUCGGAGGAAGCUAUCACAAAAUUCUUGUUCAACUCUAUGGCUUCUGCGAUCAGGGCAACCAUAGGAUUCUGGUAUACGAGUUCAUGCCCAACGGGUCUCUGGACAGCCAUCUAUUUAAAGCCAAAUUACUUGGGCCAGAACAAACGAGGACAUUUUCUUUGGCCCGUGGCACCAUGGGUUACAUAGCACCAGAGUGGCAGAAGACUAUGGCAGUUUCUGUUAAGGUGGAUGUUUAUAGUUUCGAAGUGGUGCUCUUGGAAGUCAUCUGCUGCAGGAAAAUGUUGCAAUUGGAUGUUCCAGAAAAUGAAACAAUGUUGUCUCGUUGGGCAUAUGACUGCUUCAAACAUGUAAGUCUUGCAAAAUUAGUUGAGCGACAAGAUUGCAGAGGCAUGGAGGUAAGACAGUUGGAAAGAAUGGUGUUGGUGGGGGUUUGGUGCAUUCAAGAAGAUCCUUCUCUCUGGCCAUCAAUUAAGAAAGUGGUUCAGAUGCUGGAAGGAAAGGUGGAAAUUGCAGUGCCCCCUACUCCAGGAUCUUUUCCUUGA